UUGGAUGCCGAACAGUUCCAUAUGUAUCACUUAUUCGAAUCCACAGGGUGUUUUCUAUCCGGGUACGAAUGUGGACGGUGUUGUACAACUUGAACUUAAGGAAUCUAUUAAGGCAAGGUCAUUACGGAUCACUGUUGAUGGACGUGCUCAUACUCACUGGAAGGAACACCGAUGGGUAAGCAAUUUCGAACAGCUUAUCGACCGCAGUAGUGCUAUGCAUCAAGAACU